AUGAGGCCGCUCCUCGUCCUGCUGCUCCUGGGCCUGGCGGCCGGCUCGCCCCCACUGGACGACAACAAGAUCCCCAGCCUGUGCCCGGGGCACCCCGGCCUUCCAGGCACGCCGGGCCACCAUGGCAGCCAGGGCUUGCCGGGCCGCGAUGGCCGCGACGGCCGCGACGGCGCGCCCGGGGCUCCGGGAGAGAAAGGCGAGGGCGGGAGGCCGGGACUGCCGGGACCUCGAGGGGAGCCCGGGCCGCGAGGAGAGGCGGGACCUGCGGGGCCCACCGGGCCUGCCGGGGAGUGCUCUGUGCCUCCGCGAUCCGCCUUCAGCGCCAAGCGCUCCGAGAGCCGGGUGCCUCCGCCGUCUGACGCACCCUUGCCCUUCGACCGCGUGCUGGUGAACGAGCAGGGACAUUACGACGCCGUCACCGGCAAGUUCACCUGCCAGGUGCCUGGGGUCUACUACUUCGCCGUCCAUGCCACCGUCUACCGGGCCAGCCUGCAGUUUGAUCUGGUGAAGAAUGGCGAAUCCAUUGCCUCUUUCUUCCAGUUUUUCGGGGGGUGGCCCAAGCCAGCCUCGCUCUCGGGAGGCGCCAUGGUGAGGCUGGAGCCUGAGGACCAAGUGUGGGUGCAGGUGGGUGUGGGUGACUACAUUGGCAUCUAUGCCAGCAUCAAGACAGACAGCACCUUCUCCGGAUUUCUGGUGUACUCUGACUGGCACAGCUCCCCAGUCUUCGCUUAGUGCCCACUGCAAAGUGAGCUCACGCUCACUCCUAGAAGGAGGGUGUGACGCUGACAACCAGGUCAUCCAGGAGGGCUGGCCCCCCUGGAAUAUUGUGAAUGACUAGGGAGGUGGGGUAGGGGGCCUCUCCGUCCUGCUGCUGGCAAGGAAUGGGGACAGUGGCUGUCUGCGAUCAGGUCUGGCAGCAUGGGGCAGUGGCUGGAUUUCUGCCCAAGACCAGACGAGUGUGCUGUGCUGGCAAGUGUGAGUCCUCCAGUUGCUCUGGUCCAGGAGCCCACGGUGGGGUGCUCUCUUCCUGGUCCUCUGCUUCUCUGGAUCCUCUCCACCCUCUCCUGCUCCUUGGGCCGGCCCUUUUCUCAGAGAUCACUCAAUAAAUCUAAGAACCCUC